AUGGAGCCCGGGGAGAGGAAGCGGCUCCUGUCGGCCUCCUCCUCGGAAGGAGACUGGAGAGAAGAAAACAAAUUAAAACGAGGAGACUCAUCUGCCUCCCCCAAACUGGACAGAUACAAAAUGGCCAGACAGCUGACGGAAAAGGCAAUCAAGGACAAGAAGAUCUUCUCCAUCCACGGGCACUACCCCGUGGUGCGGGCGCUGCUGCGCAGGAAGGGCUGGGUGGAGAAGAAGCUGCACUUCCUGCCCCGCAUCUCUGUCAGCGCCGACGGCGACGGCGAAGGGGCCGCUGGUAGAUAUCGAAGCCCUGGUCCCUCCGUGUGCAUCGGGCUGUGCCUGAACAUGAGGAGCCUGCCCUGGUACGCCCAGGCCAACCCCGACGCCUUCUUCCCGCGCUGCUACGGCCUGGGCUCCGACAGCGAGAAGCAGGAGUUCCUGGCUCCCGAGAACGACUCGAAGCUGGUGGGCCUCUCGGGGCAGCUGGUGGACCUGGCGUGCCAGGUGUGCCAGGCCUACCUGGGGCAGCUGGAGCACGAGGACAUCGAUGUCGCCAAGGACGCCGCCACGGACCUGACCGAGGAGCAGUGGAAGGAGCUGACCCAGCAGUACUACGCCCUCAUUCAUGGCAAGGCCUUCAUCUCCAAUCCAAGAAACCACUUUUCGCAAUGCCAGGCCCUGCUGAACAGGAUCUCCUCGGCCAGCCCGCAGACGGAGAUCGACGGGCUUCGGAACAUCUGGAUCGUCAAGCCCGCGGCCAAGUCCCGGGGCCGGGACAUCGUGUGCAUGAACCGCGUGGAGGAGAUCCUGGAGCUGGUGGCCUCGGACAACCUCUUGGCCAAGGACAAGUGGGUGGUGCAGAAGUACAUCGAGACGCCACUGCUCAUCUACGACACCAAGUUCGACAUCCGGCAGUGGUUCCUGGUCACCGACUGGAACCCCCUGACCAUCUGGUUCUACAAGGAGAGCUACCUGCGGUUUUCCACGCGGCGCUUCUCCCUGGACGACCUGGACGGGGCCAUCCACCUCUGCAACAACUCCAUCCAGAAGCACCUGAAGAUCGACAAGGGCCGCAGCCCGCUGCUGCCCUACCACAACAUGUGGACCAGCGCGCGCUUCCAGGAGUACCUGCAGAAGCGCGGCCGCGGCUCGGUGUGGGGCAGCGUCAUCUACCCCGCCAUGAAGCAGGCCAUCGCCAACACCAUGAAGGUGGCCCAGGACCACGUGGAGCCGCGCAAGAGCAGCUUCGAGCUCUACGGCGCCGACUUCAUCCUGGGGCACGACUUCAAGCCCUGGCUGAUCGAGAUCAACUCCAGCCCCACCAUGCACGCCUCCACGCCCGUCACGGCCCAGCUGUGCGCGCAGGUGCAGGAGGACACCAUCAAGGUGGUGCUGGACCGCAAGGGCGACCGCAACUGCGACGUCGGCAACUUCGAGCUGCUGUGGAAGCAGUCUGCUGUGGACCUGCCGCCGGUCUACGGGUCUGACCUCUGCGUGAAGGGUGUCAGCCUGCGGAAAGGCAAGAAGCAAAUGCCGCCCAUCCCCCACUUCAGAUUCUCCCCCCUCGCUCCGGGACCGCGCAGCCCGCUGAAGGCGGCGGGGGCCCCACGGGCCAUGCCCGACCUGGCGGCCCGGGCCCCGGGCCCUUCCCGGCAGCACUUGGAGGCUGAAAUACGGAAAGG